AUGGCCGCUCCCAUGGCUGCUCCCAUGGCUGACAUCGCUGGAUUUGUCUGCCCUGGCUGCCACCGAGACGACUUCAAAAGUCUCCGAGGUGUGAAGACCCAUUUCGAGUCCAAACGCCACAAGCUCUUUUGUGUUCCCUGCCAAAAGGAAUUCACCAAUGUCUGGGGCUUGCUUCAUCAUACUCAGAAACAUCAAACCCCUGAUCAAAAAAGCAACAACAUUGCUUCUGGGCCCUCUCUCAUGUCAUCUCCAUCAACACAGAGCCGAAAGCGGGCCCCAAAAUCGAAUCAUAAGCCAUCAUUGCCUGUUCAAUCGACUGACGGGGGUAGUCCAUCUCUUACACAGCCAUGGCUGCCUGUCACAGAUAUGGAGAGUCUAAGUCUCGAAAUUGAAGCCCUCGCAUUGCAGCCCCUGAUCGUCCGGGGGACAAAUCGCCAUGUGGUUCUCGGAAUGCAAGAACAAGCUCUGUAUCUGCGCUAUCUUCUUCUGCAAUGCCACUCAGAUUUUCGUCUCCGGGCACAAGGUUUCAUCGUGGAGACCACCACAGAAGAUACCAGGAAACGCCCUUCCAUCCCAAAAUCCCUAUUCCGUAAAACUCCUACCGCCGUGUUGGGUGCAGGACAAAAGAGACAGGCCGUUGUGAUUGACUGUGAGAUGGUACAAGUCACAGGUGGUCUGCGGGAGAUGGCUUAUAUCACUGCCAUCGAUUUUCUCACGGGCGACGUGCUCUUGGACCAUUAUGUGAAACCAGAGAAGAAUGUAGUGAGCUGGGACACUCGGUACAGCGGUGUUACCCCUUAUGCGAUGGACAAGGCUGUCCGAAAAGGUCAAGCAAUCAUGGGCUGGGUGCGCGCGCGCGAGCAGGUUUGGAGAUUCGUCGGUCCGGAAACUGUGCUUAUUGGACAUUCGCUCAACAACGACCUGGACAUGCUAGGCAUUGUUCAUCCAAGAAUUGUCGAUUCCUCGAUUCUCACCAGCGAGGCUGUUUUCAACGAGUUGCUCCCGGCCCAGGCCCUAUCGCGUACGUGGAGUUUGAAGACUCUCACCAAUGAGCUCGCCGGUUACGAGAUCCAGGCGGGCAAGAAGGGCCACGAUGCAUACGAAGAUACCAUGGCCACGCGUGAUGUCUUGAUUUGGUGUAUUAGGAAUCAGAAAUUGUGGGCGAUAUGGUCCGCAGAAAGACGUGAUGCUGAAAAGAUUCGUGGUUUGGAACAGGAGCUUGCCAAAAUCCAGGCCAAGCUGGAGCAUGCGAGAAAGAACCUGAUCGAGUCGCAGAAGGAGAGGGAGAAGGCGAGAUUGGAAAUUCUGAACCUUGCAUCGGAGCACUCAUGA